AUGAUCACGUUAAUAAGAAAAGACGUUGAUAUUGAUAAACCAUCCAGUUCUGAAGUUGGAGUAUUUGUAUCAAAAAGAGCUGUUUUUCCGUUUGGAAACAAGAAUGAGAUAAUAAAAGUUUGGUGGAAAUUUGAAAAACCAGAAAACUGUCUUGAUUGGAUUGGUCUUUUUGAUAAUAAUGAUUCCUCAUUUUAUUUGGAUCAAAAAUCACUUCGUCAACAUAUUUCUCCAGUAGUUUUUACAUUGACAACGAAGAAUCUAUUGAAUGCUUCUGAAGUUUAUUUUGGACUUAUUGAUGGAAUGACUGGAAGAAUGUUGGCAAAAUCAGAGAAUGUUGAAAUAUGUAGAUCAGCUUCACUCGUUAUUCAUGAACUAAAAAAGCCAGACAAUAUUUGUGUUUAUUUGAAUACAAGUGAUGGAAGAGUCGAAAUUCCAAAAAAGAAAAGUUAUUCGAAAAAAAAUGCCAGUUUCAGUUCGAAUCAAAGUAGAUUUGAUUUCAAUUUCGAAGUGGACGAUCUUCAUAUUUCAUUAGUUGAAGAAGUUGAAAUGGAUAACUUUGAUCAUUUUAUUUCCUCGAAUCAACUCCAGGACAACUAUAUCCAAUCAAAAAGUUUCUCUCACAACCACAUCGUAGACGUAGUUUUCAGCAUUGAACCGAAAUCAAGCCAAAAAGUAUUGAAUAUAAUGGAGAUCGCAUCUUCAAGUCAACCACCUUCUGAAUCCCAAUGGAAAACAUAUGUGGAUACAAAGAGAAGAAAGUUUUAUGUGAAUCACGUCACGAAAGAAACAAGAUGGACGAAACCGGAUGUUUUGAAUAACAAUCACAUUGAACCGAGAGCUCCAAUACGUCAAUCGUUUGGGGAUAAUUCAGCUUCUCCUAGAAAUAGUUUCAUAACACCUCGAAGAACAAUAACUGUGCGAUCAGCUGGAGAUCCAAAAAGUGAUUUGAUUCAAUUUUUCCAACGGGAUGAAUUCAAAACUGCCCUUUAUGAGAAUCAAGACGCUAUGAAAAUUUACAAUGAAUGCUCUGUAGUUCGACAUGCAGUUCAUAGGAUUCAGAAAGAUUCAGACCCUCCUUCAAAAUUUGAAAACCAACCAAUCUUCGUUCGAUUCGCCAACUCAUUUGCUGAUAUAACUCAACCAUUGCCAUCUGGAUGGGAGUGUAUCACAAUGAAUAAUCGAACUGUUUUUCUGAAUCAUUCGAUCAAAGAAACUAGUUAUUUUGAUCCAAGAAUCAGAAGAUUUGAAACAAAAACAUCAAGAAGAGGUCGAAGUGUUCCAAGUAGAAGUUCAAAUCAAUUCAAGAACAAAAUAGAUCACGCAUUGAUCAGCAAAUGCGAAGAUUUGCGGAAAAUUGCUCAGGAUAAUUUUCCGCAAAUUGCAGAGAGAAUCAGCAAAAAGUUGAUGUUAAUAGAAAGAUUUGGUGGAUUGGCAGUGGCAAGUCUUGCAAAUGAUUUGGAUAUAACUCUGGCACUGAGUAUGCUUGAUGCUAAUAAUGAAAAGUUGAAACAAACGGAAGAAGGGGAUAAAAUCAAACUGUUCUAUGAAGAGAUAAAAAAAGAAAAGCUGGGAAAAGGACCAAGUAGACUCUGUUGGAAAGUUUCUAGAGAUCGACUAUUGGAAGAUGCAUUCCGGGUUAUUUUGAAUGUUGAUCCUUUCGUUCUUAAGAAGUCACGGUUGCAUAUUCGUUUCGAAGGAGAACUCGCUCUCGACUAUGGUGGUCUAUCACGAGAAUUUUUUAUUCUCUUGUCUCGUGAAGUUUUCCAUCCAAACAACGGAUAUUUUGAAUACGAAGGAACUGAUUAUCAUCUGCAAUUGAGAUCACGUGAAUGUGAUUCUGAAAAAGAGAAAAAAUGGCUGAAAUUAUGUGGAAGAGUUCUUGCGUUAGCAAUUGUUCAUAGAUGUUAUAUCGAUGUUUUCUUCUCCAAUAUUUUCUACAAAUUCCUUCAGAAAAAGUCAAUUGACCUAAUGGACUACAAACAAUCAGAUGCUGAAUUCUAUAAAAGUAUGAAUUGGCUGCUGGAAAACGACGUUGACGGCCUUGAAAUGUCUUUUGUCUACAGUAGUAUGGUCAAUGGAAAACUAACCGAACUCGAACUUUUGUCCGGUGGAGAAUCGAGAAAUGUGACGAAUUCCAACAAGACAGAAUUCAUAGAAUUGAUGUGUCAGAAGAAGGCGAUCCGUGGGAUUGAAAAACCAUUGAAUAUUCUUUUGGAAGCAUUUAAUCAGAUUCUGACAGUGGAUCUUUUGAGUUCGUUACAUGCCUCCGAACUGAAAAGAAUACUCAGUGGAUCACUGGAAUUAGAUCUGAAUGAUUGGAGAAUUAACACAAUUUACAAGGGAGGAUACUCGGACUGUCACAUUGUGAUCGAAUGGUUUUGGGAAGUGAUAGAGACAAUGACCAAUCAAGAGAGAUUUGAUUUGCUUCUGUUUGUCACCGGCAGUUCUUCAGUUCCUUUCGAAGGAUUCUCAGCGCUACGUGGAAAUGAUGAGAUCAGUAAAUUCUGUAUCGAGAAGUGGGGAGAUGCCACGUCAUUACCUAGAGCUCACACCUGCUUCAAUCGACUUCAACUUCCUUCUUAUAACACCAAACAGAAUUUGAAAUCGAAAUUACAACAAGCGAUUCUGAAUGGAAUGAGUUAUUCGAUUGAAUAA